CAUGAUAAAGAAACUCACGCUGACGCCUGUGGAGACAUGUGAGACGUCGCUGGUAUAAAUUUACUUCGGAAUACCUGUUCGCACCAUUAGAUAUCUUGUGGUUAACGCAAGCAGUUUUACUAACUUUCCUGGAUCAUACCAUUUCAUUUUCUUCAUCUCAACUGCAGCUACUGAUUAAAGAUGGAAAUUAUUUCUGUACAAAGAGAAGUAUGUGUAUUUGUUGUGGAAUCUGAACAGCCUCCACCACGGCCUCCUGUGGAGCAGCAGCCAAGGCGUGAAAUUAUUGUUAUAACUCCGGAAGAUGAAAUCCCGAAUAGGAUAGGUUGGGCACUUUGUGUCACCAUAUGCUGCUUUUGUCCAACAGGCAUCGCUGCUAUUAUGUACAGCAUCUUAGCAAAUGCAAUGGCCGAAUCUGGAGAGAGAGACGACGCGCUGAAGGCUAACAGUAAAGCAGGAAAAUUCAUUGGAUUAUCAAUUUUCUUUGGUGUUAUUAUUUACCUUAUUGUGAUAAUAGUAGUAAGUACUGAUAAAAGAUAACGAAUGAUUAAUAAUUGUAAGCAUUACUCAAUUUACAUUUGGGCGAAAUCCGUUGAAAUUGGAUUAUAUAAUAUAAUAUAAUAUAAUAUAAUAUAAUAUAAUAUAUUUAUAUAAUAUAAUAUAAUAUAAUAUAAAUAAUAUAAAUAUAUAUGGGCAACACACACACACAUACACACACGUACGUACACCUAUUGCAUAUGUUUUUUCUACGCAUACAUAUUCAUAAACAGAAACGAAUGGAAAAGAUGUUGGUAAAUUUGUAGAUUAACACUCACACGAUUUCAGCAAGAAAAAAAUCGGAUUUUUGCAUAGAAUCAACUACUCUGGCUUCCUAAUAUGCCACAAAACCCUUUUUGUGGUAUGGGGGAUGGCUCGCAGAUUGUACCCAUUUAUAUUGUGUAAUACACUGACAAAUUGUUACCUGCCUCUUUGUUUCUUUGUAGUUAAAUAAAUGUAUUCUCAACAAAUCA